CGCUGUGUAUACCGUGGUUUCCCUCCCCGGGUUUAAAAACGCAAUACCAAAGCAGUUAGGCAAAACGUUCGGCACGCGCACCAUGUGUAUUGCGUCGCGCAAGGGACGGUCGCCAGCAGUCGUCGUCGGAUCAGCGUCGUACUCGCACACGCGUUUUCCACGAUCGCUGUGAUAUAAAAAUAUUCUCGUAUUCGACAUAUUUUUUAUAUCGUCGUAUUUAUAAUAUUUAUUGUACGCCGUCGCAAUUAUUGCUUAUAAUCGUUUUGUUAGUAUCAUUAUUGACGAAGGUUUUAUAAUAUUUUUCUGAUAACUUUUCUACUUCUGAACACACGAUUAUCAUCACAACGGACCGAGGAAAACGGUAAUUUCACAUUCCGUAUCGUUUCCGUUAAUCUUUCAACGUCCGAUGUGCUCGGACUUCACCGAAGCACACCACCGACGACGCAGCAGCAGCAGCAGCCGCCGCCGUCGCCGUGCCAGAGAUGCUUCUCCGAAUGUGGCUUCUCGUCCGCGUCCCACCGGCGACGAUGGCACGUACCGGUCUCUGAUCAGUUCGGUUCAGCAGCCGCGACGGCCGUUCAUGUAUUAUUAAAAACAUAGAAACAGCACAUCGUCGCGAUAACCAUGCACCAAGAACAGUUCGUGUACUCGACAACCGUGGACGUCCAACAGUACGUCGGUCCAUACAGGUUGGAGAAGACUCUGGGCAAAGGACAAACAGGAUUAGUGAAGCUCGGCAUUCAUUGCGUUACUGGAAAAAAUGUUGCAAUAAAAAUAAUUAACCGAGAGAAGCUGAGCGAGUCGGUGUUAUUAAAGGUGGAAAGAGAGAUUGCAAUAAUGAAACUCAUUGACCAUCCGCACGUGUUGGGCUUGUCUGAUGUCUAUGAAAACAAACGAUACUUAUAUUUGAUACUGGAACAUGUGUCUGGUGGUGAACUGUUUGACUACUUGGUUAAAAAGGGGAGGCUGACGCCCAAAGAAGCUAGGAGAUUUUUUCGACAAAUCAUCUCUGCGUUGGACUUUUGUCACAGUCAUUUAAUAUGCCACAGGGAUCUGAAACCGGAAAACUUGUUGCUGGACGAAAAGACCAACAUUAAGAUCGCCGACUUCGGUAUGGCGUCCUUGCAACCCAACGGCAGCAUGCUCGAGACCAGUUGUGGUUCUCCACAUUACGCAUGCCCUGAAGUCAUCCGAGGCGAGAAAUAUGACGGUCGAAAAGCGGACGUUUGGUCGUGUGGUGUAAUAUUGUACGCAUUGCUGGUCGGCGCACUUCCCUUCGACGAUGACAACUUGCGCCAACUAUUAGAGAAGGUGAAAAAGGGCGUUUUCCAUAUACCGCAUUUUGUACCACCGGAUUGUCAAAACUUGCUUCGCGGCAUGAUUGAAGUCAACCCGGAAAAACGGUUAACGUUGAAAGACAUCAACAAACAUUCAUGGGUUAUCGCCGGAGGAAAAGGAGAAGUGCACUUAGGUAUGUCAAUGAUAGAUGUCAUACAAACACACAUAAUUCCGUCCUCAAACGACUUAGACACCGACGUUCUUCAAGCCAUAUCAAGUUUAGGCUGUUUCAAAGACCGAGAAAAACUCAUCUCUGCUUUAUUAAGUGUCGAUCAUAAUACUGAAAAAGUGAUUUAUUUCCUAUUGCUCGAGCGUAAAAAACGACGACCAGCUAACGAGGACGACACGAUUGCAGUAAAGAACACCAAAAACAGCUUUGAUCCUCCGAAAAAACGAGUUGAUACGUGUAAAAUGAUCGACGAUAUCGAUAGUAAUUUUUCUCAAAUCAGUGCUGGAUCUCCUGCUACUCCGCGAAAACAAAUGUUACAAAAUCGUAUCUACUACAGGAGAGGAAGUUAUAACAACGUAAGUUCUGCGGGCGGCAACAUGUGCGGUGGUUCAAGUUUAGCCAGUUCUUCGACCUUAGCUGGUAUAUUAUCACCCCUUCCUCAAAGGUCAAAUAACUCAAACUAUCGUUACCACAAUCACCACAAAAGUCAACAGUCAAAGAACUCAUCAAUUUCUCCACACGGCAAUUACAUUUCUGCACACAACCAGACGUUGGACACAAACAGCUCGUGCUCGGCACCUGUUCCCCCGUCGCCCGUACACCACGCGAAGCAGGCAAAAGUCGAAGUACCUUCAUCUCCGAACCACAUGGUCAUCUGCACGCCUCCAGGAUCUCCUCAACACCUGUCCAACCAUUGGAAAUCAAGGCUUACAUCGAUCCGAAACAGCGUACUGGGGUCACCAAAAUUCCACAGACGUAAACCUCAAAUUGACAUGGACACACCGUAUAAACCGACACCGGAAUCUUCUCCGGAACUAACAAAAAAAUCGUGGUUUGGAAGUUUGAUGGCGUCCGAGAAAGACGAGACGUUCACUAUUUUGAUAACAGGAAAACCGUUAUCCACCGUAAAGGCUGACUUAAUCCACGCUCUGCUUUCGAUUUCCGAGUUGAGCCACACCGUAAUUAAUGCGCUGUCGUUCCGGGUUGAAUACAGACGCGGAUCCGGCGGCACGGCGAUGUUCCAGAGACAAGUGCGAUUCCAAAUUGAUUUGUCGGACGUCACGAACACGCACUCUCCCAGGGACUAUCUGUUCGCCAUCAUAUUCACGUUGCACUCCGGUAAUAUAAGACGUUUCCGGAGGGUCUGCGAACACAUUCAGACGCAAAUGUGCGCAAGGAAAGCGCCGUCUUCGCCCCGGGCCGCCAGAAAGUUUAACACAGAUUUAUCGGAAAGCUCGAGUUGCGGAUCAGACACGUCCGAGAGAUUAUCGCCAUACGUAAAUAUAAGAAACGUCGAAUCGGACAGAGACGAAAAGAAUAAGAGACUGAUCAACCAUCAGGACGGCAAAGGCGGUUACUGUAUCCCGAACAGCCGGCAGAGGAGACGGAGUUCUAGUCUGGCCAACAACAACAACUUCAACAGCAGCAACAACAAUUCGAUGGCUAACGCGCCGGCAGGGGCCAACGGCCGCAGCGAAGCGCCGCCGCCGACGAGAUCCAACAGCGAAACGAAACCGGCCGACGGCGCUUACAUAUCGGUGUCGGGAUCGAUGUCUUGAUUGCCAACAACCGCUAAACAAUAUUAUGUAUAAAACUAUUCCUGUGUUUUUUUUUUUUGGGGGGGGGGUCGAUGUACCUACGUUUCGUAUGUCAUUAUAAUCAAUGGUAGAACAUUGACUACUCGUAAGGUUUAAGUCAAGGCAAAUAAAAUGUUAAAUUUUUCAUAAACUUUUUUAACUUCAACUAGUUCAAUUGCAGACUGUUGAAACAUAACUUAGCUAUUUUUUUCUUCGUUUGAUUUAAAAUAAUCCGGUAAGUUAAAGUUAAAAAUGUUUAGUUUCAACAAUGGUUUUAUACAUUAAAUUACUAUAUAAUAUACAAGAUUUUAAAUGAAAUUUCCGUUGUUUCUUGAUAAAAUAAUAAUUUUGUACAUAAAAAGGUGAAAAAAUACUCUUUAUGUGAUUCGCGUAAUAAUUUAAAAGUCGAUUAUCUUUUUUUUUAAACUGAACUAAGUCAAUAUGUAUAUUUUGCGAUAUUAACUUUAAACUUGACGAGUUAAAUUUAUUAUUAUUAUUAUUAUCCUAAUCUAACCUUUGAUUAUAAUCUAUAUAGAGCCAAAUUCUACCGGGUUACUGUAAAAUAUUAUUAUUAUUAUUAUUAUUAUUGUAUAGUCGAUAAAAUUAAUGAAAAAUAAAAAAAAUGAUCGAUGGUCACGCGGAAUAUAAUAAUAAUAUGUUGAUGUGAUAAUAAUAUCAUAAUAUUAUUAUUAUAGCAUAAAUGUGUAUAUAAGUCCAAAUGCCAUUUGACUUAAAUUUAAUAUUAUUAUGUACUAAUUAAUAUUAGGACGUGUUAGGUGUAAUAUUAUAUGUUUUUUGUAUUAAUUGUUUAUUAUUUACGCUUCGUGCACGAGCAACAGCAACGCAUAAUUAUUAUUAUAUUAUACUAUAUUAUUGUUUCGUAGAUAGUUGUUUUAGAUUCUGAGCGGGAUAAUGCUUAUUAUUGCUGUAUAUUAUUAUUAUUAUUAUUAUUAUUAUUACUAUAUAUGGUUAUUGUAUUUAUUACGGCAAUACUUGAUUUAUUGUCAUAUAAUAUGUUGUGUUUUUAUUUUUGUAUUUGUUUGGAUAAUAUGCGCUUAACUAUUUUUUUGUGGAAGUGGAAGCGUGGCAGUUAUAUUGCGAGCGUUUUGGAAAAUACGUGAUAAAUACGAUAAUAUUAUUAAUAAUAUGUUAACUCUAUACGUGCACUUCACGUGUCUGUCCGUUGUACAGAUCAUACUCCAUUGGUAUGACAAUUUGGGUUUUUCCGACUAUACUUGUAGUAUUUAAUAUAAAUAAUAUUAUGUGUAUUAUGAUAAUGUCAAAUAAGAAUUUACUAUUUAUUUUUUCAAACAUAAAUCAAAAAAAAAAAAAAAAAACCCACCGAUACAACUUCAUUCAGUAUCGUUUUAUUUAUUUUUCAAAUUCGAUAAUGAUAUUAUUUUAGAAAUUACUAAAAUUUAAUAGUUCACUUAUCCCGAUAGCACGCCCAAAACUAUGCUUGCUUUGAAUGAGGAGGAUAUGCGCUAUUCACUUUCUUGUAUAUCAGUCAAAUGUUUCAAAAACAUGUAAGAAAACGUUUCAAAACGUUGUAUUCGGUAUAGGAGCGUAUAUUUCUAGUCGAUGAACGUAAUAUAUUAUAUUAUAAUAUUAUAUAUUUUAUAUGAACGGAAACUAAACAUUUUUUUGUUGUUUUAAUGCUGUACUUAGCGCAAUUAUAGAAUAUUAUUUCGUUUUUUUAGGAAAAGAAUUGUAAAACGAUCUGUGUAAAAUAAAUUUACUUACCUAUUUGAAAUAUUCGCUAGAAUAUAGUAUAAUAUAUUAUCGUAUAAAAUAUCAUCAUCUAUUAAUAAAAUAUAUAUCUAAAUAUAAUAUUUAAUAAUAAUAUAUUAAAAUAAAAACAUAUUUUACGUAAAGGCAUAACCUCCUUCAUAAUAUUAAAUUGUAUCUGCUUUCUGAAAUUCUUGGUUAUAGUAUACCUUUUUUUAUCAUCAUCAUCAUUAUUAUUAUUAUUAUUAACAUUUUAGCUUUAACUGUGGACUGCUUACAUGCAUAAUAUCAAUGUACUAUAAAUACUUCAUACUUGAACGUAAAUACAAUUUAAUAAUAUAUUAUAGGUAUUAGGUACAUUGAUAAAUGAUUAUAUUAUACGCAUGUAUUAUGAACGCUUUAUAACGAUUUUUAAAAAUAUCUCAUCGAUUUCUGAAAUGUAUUUAUUUAUGUUUAUGAUCUUAUUAAUUAUCUCUUCGUCACUUUUAUUAAUCAUUUUUUAAUUUCUCUUUAGCUAGGUACACGAGACAAUUAGGAGUUAUAUUAUAGUUAAAGAUUAUGUACCAUGUAAAGUAUGCAUUUCGAAAUGUAUAAAAAUACACUAUUUUUUUUUCAUUAUGUGAUUUUCCAUCAGAAUAUUUUGUAUGUUUGUUUACAAAAAAAAAAAAAAUGUUUACUAACCAAAAUGAUAUUUUCAAAUUAUGUUGAACGCUUAUGCCAACAUGAAUAAUAUAACAAGUUUUUUUAGCGAGCCAAGUCCAUACGACCGAAUUUGAGAUAACAUUUUUUUUUUUUUUUUUUUAAUGUUUCAGAGUGCCUUAAGAGUGUUAAUUAACAGUAAUAAUAUAUACUAUAUAGUUCGAACGACAUCUUUAAAAGCUAAAACUUAUUAUUAUGUAAUAAUAUAGUGCAUAGAAAUCAAUUUUCUAGCACAGACUGGAAUCCCUGUUUUUAUGUUAAUUUUGUCAGUUACCUAAAAUAAUUAAUAAUGUGUAACAUUCGGCCGACGUCCAUUUUAGUUUUAAACUAUUCAUGUAUUAUGUAUAACAGAAUAAGGUACUAUAAAAUAUAAUAAUAUGAUGUUUAUUAUGCCAAUAUGGCAAUAUGGUUGUAACGAAACUACAAAUGUCAAAUACAUAUUAUACUUGUUAAUAAAAAAAAAAAAAUUA